AGGAAGAAGAAACGUGUCUCAAACGUGUUAUGCUUUUCUCUGAAUAUUAUUUUCCGAGACAAGAAAGUUCCAUCGGGGGUCAAGCUUCGAUGGAGAUUUACCCGUCGAAAAUCAUUCGAAAGAAAAAUCUUCGCAAAAAUCCUGUGCAAAAAAGGAAGGCUGCCCUCGAAAUAUCCCUUCUCCGAUGUUAUUGCCUAUUCUUUCUCCAAAAAAGAGACACUAGAGAGAAGAUAGAGGAAGAAGCUUAAUUUCCGAAAAAUUUAAAACGUUCUUAUCCACCGUUCCAAGGAAAUUGGAACUUCUCGCGGCCAAUGGAUGCGGCCUCGUCGAACGUUGGUCACGUCAGGUUGGCCGUUUUUAACGUCGAGAUCGCAUGACCGGAAUGUUGUUUUAAAUAUCAACCACGCCGCAAGUAUUUGCAUAGGUUCUAUUGCAACGUAGCCGUGACAUGCGACCGCUACGCAAACAGAGGAAUUUCAUCCUCGAAAAAAAUAACGUUCCGAGGGAUUUCCCUGGAUCUCUCCGCCCAUCCUGCGGCAUCCUCCUCCUCCUCCUCCUCCUCCUCCUCCUUCUCCCGUCGACGAUGCACGAAGGGAUGAAAUUUCACGCGAAAGGAAUCGAUCGAAUUUUCGAGUUUUACGAGGCUCGGUCGACGUGGUAACAAGUUCACGGUUGUUUCAACACGCGAUAACAUCUAGCAGAGAGCAUCGAGAGCCUCGAUUAUCUCGCUCGUUCCACAGUGGAGAAUCGCCUCGCGAAGAGCAUCAGUCGCGCCUUUCGUAGCAAUGGAAUCGCUCUUUCUUCGAUUCUUGCCUCUUCUUCUCUCCGCUUCUCUCUGCCCCUCCGCGUCGGCUGUCGUCGUCGUGUCGUCGUAUCACGGCUUAAAGACGUCGUAUCACGGGAAAGGGAGAAAGUGGGGCGAUCGAGGAUUCAUCGUGGAAGGCGUGACGAGCGCGGAGAAGGAGCGAGAAGAAUUUUCGAGAUCCAUGGCUUGCAUCGCGAGCUUCCUGGAUCGGGCGACCGAUCCCGCGCGCACCUCGUUCAUGAUAUCGGACGACACGGUGGACCAAGCGGCCCGCUCGCUCGCUCGCCAUCUCCAAAAGCGUCGUUUCGCCUUCUUGAAGUAUUCCGGGGACUCGGAAUUCGACACGAGGGAGCUCGCGUUGAACGCCGUCGUUCUCGUGGCGAACGCCGCCAGCCUACGGGACGACCUGUACGUGAUCGAUCCUUGCACUCGCGACUGCCCCUUCUUCGUCGUCCUCGCGCGACCGUUUCGAAGCGAGCGUGCAUUCCUCGCGGAAGCGGACGCUUUGACCCGCUCCAUGUGGACCCGAAGAAUCUUCACCGUGGUCGUGUUGGCCAGGGUCGGCGAGUCCGUGCUCGCGGCCGGCGCCACCUCCUUCCGACCCGGCCAACCCUGCGCCCCGUCCCCCCCGAUCAUCCUCGACAAGUGCGGAACCCGAUCUUGGAAUCUGACGAGGUCGGCGAUCAGACCGCCCAAAUGGAACAAGUGCGUGCUGAAAGUGGCCUACUUCGUCGAGCCUCCUUACGUGGUGGUGGCGACGAACGGGACGACGGAGGAGAGUUUGCUGGGUUUCGAGGGUAUGUUGACCGAGGAGAUACUGAAAGGCGAGAGCAUCGAGCGGGAAGAAGUGGCGUGGACCGAGAACGCGACCUACGUGGAACAGAUAAGGACGAUCUUGUACCAAGCGGAUGCCGACCUGGUCGUGGGUCGUGUCCUCCUCCAGCCCCAGGAGGACAUAGAUUACUCGAGCUCGUACGACGUGUUGAAAGUGGUCUGGUUGAUCCCGAAGGUGGCCAACGUGUCCCUGAAAGGAUUGAUUCAACCGUUCCACCCGUACGUAUGGGCCGCGUUGGGCUGUACCCUCGUAUUGGCCGUGCUAGUGAAAAUCUUCCUUAUCCCGGAUCUCGCCUACCUCGACAUAUUUGCUCUGAUAAUCGGUGCCUCGAUCGCCAACAGGCCCGGCAAACUGUCCACGAAAAUCCAGUACAUCUCGUGGAGCGUUUUCGGCCUGUUUCUCAUGGAGGUGUACGUGGACGCUUUGGCCGAUCAGUUGAUCAAUACGUCGGACACGAAGAUCGCGACCACGGAGGAGCUCGUUUCCUCGUCGUUCGGGAUCGGCGGGACGAGCGCGUUCAAGAGUUUGUUCGAGGAAGACACGAGCGGCGUCGUGUCGAGGAUACGCGAAAAAUUCGUCACGUUCGAUCAGAACGAAUACGUGGGAUUGUUCAACGACGUUAUGGAAGGGAGGAAUUCCUCGAUCGCUCUGAUGGUCCUGUUGAAUUCGUCCCGGAGCGAGGACAUCGACACUUUGCACGCUUACACCAUGUCCACGGACGUGAUAUACAGUUUCCCCCUGGCGUUGGCCGUUUGGAAGGGGUUCCCGAAAUUGAAACGGAUAAACGCGAAGAUACACGACUACAUAGAUAUGGGUAUUUUCGACCACAUGAUCAAGUUGGCGAUACAGAAGGGCAGGCUAGCUAUGAUGUUCGAGUUCGCCGAGGAGCAAGAGUACAAGAACAAUCUUCACUUGCAACACUUCGCGCCGGCGUUUCUCGUCAUGAUCAUCGGAUUCUCCGUUGGAUUUCUAUCGAUUAUCGUCGAGAUUGCUCUCUAUCCGUCCGACCUCUUCUUCCCCAGGAAAAGACGGGAGGAGGGCAAUUAACUUUCGUUACUUUGAUUAUUGACUUAUAAGUAAUAAAUUUGUGGCGUUGCGAAGAGAAAAAGAAGAAGAAAGAAAGAAAUGGAAAAAUUUCGGACAAUAUUCGAAUAUCAUUUUACGAUAAAUUGGCUUCCGCUUUUUGAAUCGCGAGCAGAUAGAAUCGAAACGCGGCGAGUACGAGUGAAUGGACGCGCGAGCUAAAUGUAUUGUUAACUUCCUUGCCAAACCUAUCAGACCAACUAAUUCGUGUUAUGGACGUGCACAAUGCUUGUUGACGUUCAUUUGUUAAACGUCAUAAAUAUUUCAUUUCAAUAAACGAAAUACGCUUGGAA